AUGGUGCACGACCAGGGCGCAUCCGACACAAGUCCUGCCACCUCAGAUAUGAUGCCAAAUGGAAAUGGAGUAUUAGCUGGCUUCAGCGCUGCAGGGGACACUCUUAUUAAUGGGCCCCUGCCUCCAACAGCACCUCCCCAGAGCACCAGCUCCCCCGUCAACUCGCAGACCCAAGAGCCCUCCCCAGGUGUGGCUGCUUAUCCACCCAUGAUGCUAGAGAAGUCUGAGGGGGCUAGUGCUGAGGUCACGGUUCACACGGCUAACCAGAAGCCUUCCCUGGAGAUGGAGAAUGAGGAAAAGAUUCGCCUUGAAGCUCGCCGUCGUCUGGAAGAGCAACUCAAACAAUACAGAGUGCAGCGGCAUAAGGAAAGGUCUCAUCGGUCGGCUGUCAAAAACAGACCGUUCAGUACUCUAGAUCCAGAACUCAUGCUCCAUCCUGAGGCACUUCCACGGGCAAACACUUUAGCUAUGACAAAGGAAUAUUCUUUCCUGAGGACCAGCGUUCCACGAGGCCCCAAACUCGGUAGCCUGGGUAUUCCCCCUUCCAAGGAGAGGAAGUCCAGGUCACCUCGCCCCAGUAAGAUCCACUCGUUGGCUGACUACAAGUCCCCUGAUAGUGAUGCUGGUGGAGGAGGUGGAGGAGGGGGUGUGAAGACCGCAGAUAACACCCGCAGUUCCCUACAGUCUAUUAGCUCUGUGUCCACGCUAUCUGAGGUCAGUGUGAUGUCAGAGUGCAGUUCCUGUGAGACGGAGGAGCAGCCCAGCACCUCACUCCAAGUCACUGACAACAUGUCAGAAAUCGAUGGCAGUGAAUCUGGAGCGCGGCCGGGGAAUGAUGGGAACGACAGUGACAGCUCCUCGUACAGCAGCGUGUCCACCAGGGGGGCCUACGGCAUGCUCUCGGCCGCAGUGGAAAGGCAGCAGGGGCCUUACACAGUGGAGGGGAGGGAGAUUUCCCCGGAGGCCAUGGGCCAGUUUCCGUCCCUACAGGAGGUGCUGCAGGCGGCCAGUGAAGAGCAGCACCUGCUGGAGAUGGAGCAGGGCAGGGAGGGCACGGCCGAACCCCGCAGCCGCAGGGACAGUUUCUCCAGCAGCGUUUCUCUGGAGAGUUCUGUGAUGGGACAUGAUGAAAUGCUCCAGGUGCUGAAGGAGAAAAUGAGACUUGAGGGUCAGCUGGAAUCCCUGUCGUCUGAGGCUAAUCAGGCUCUGAAGGAGAAGACAGAGCUUCAGGCCCAGCUUGCUACAGUAAAUGCCCAGCUGCAGGCUAAAAGGGAGGAGGCUCAGGCUAGCCAGGAGAAGCAGAGUGCCCUCACUACGGAAGUUGGCACGAUGCGACAAAACUGCAGCCAGCUAGAGAGGGCCAUGGUGGAGCUACAGGGCAGUCUGGAGAGCAAGAAUGCCAGUCUGACUUCUCUGAGCAAUGACCUGAAAGUUUCUGAAGAUCAGUAUAACAGGCUGAUGGUGAAGGUUGAGGAGUUGCAAAACACUGUAACCUCGAGGGAAAGUACAGUUCAGGAUUUACGUCAUCAAAUGGGGGGUCUGCAGACUCAGCUUCAGCAGGUGCAGCUGGAGCGCAGCACCCUACAAAGCCGACUAAAGACUUCCCAGGCUGAGAUCGACUCACUCCAGCAAGUCAGACAGUGGUACCAGCAGCAACUCGCACUGGCUCAGGAAGCACGAGUAAGACUGCAAAGCGACAUGGCCAACAUGCAGGCCGGCCAGAUGACUCAGAUUGGUGUUAUGGAGCAUCUUAAGCUGGAAAAUGUGACUCUUUCUCACCAACUUACCGAGACACAACACCGCUCCAUUAAAGAAAAGGAGCGUAUUGCUGUCCAGCUGCAGAGCAUUGAGGCAGACAUGCUGACCCAAGAGGCUGCUUACAAGCAAAUCCAGGAUGCAAAGACAAUGGUGGAAGAUGAUCUGCAGCACAAAUUAGAGGAGUAUGAAGAAGAGCGAGAGCAUUUAAUAAAACUAGCCAACACAGCCAGCCACCUGGAAAGGGAGCUGGAGCAGGUAAAGUUCACCCUUUCCCAAAAGGAUGUGCAGCUGCAGUCCCUUCAGAAAGAACAUCUGGAGCUGAUGCGUCAGCUGACCACCACUCAGGAGAACCUACACACCAAAGAGCAGUCCAUCAAUCAGCUGGAGGCUCGCUACCUGGAGCUGGAGGCUCAGCUGGCUGAGCUGCAGGCAGAAAGCAACGUCAAAGAUGACAACAUCCAGUUCCUCCAGAAUGAGAAAAUAGUUCUGGAGGUCGCGCUCCAGGCAGCUCGAGCCGAUAAGAGGGAACUUGAUGAAGGCGCUGUGCGUCUGGGAGAGGACGUUCUGAUGGCCUCAGAUGUAUUGGAUCAGCUCAGACAGGAAGUCCAAAUAAAAGCCAAUCAGGUGAUGGUGGAAGCGUACCGCCGUGAUGCCAUCUCCAAGGACCAGUUGAUUAGUGAACUAAAGUCCACCAAAAAGCGUCUGUUGGUGGAGGUCAAGGACCUGAAGCAGGAGCUACUGGGAGUCCAGGGGGAGAAGCAGAAGGCAGAGCUGGAGCAGACCCGGCUGCAGAAGGAGGUGGCAAGGGUCCAAGAGCAAAUGAGCAACAUGGAAGCCCAUUUGCAAGCCAUUCAGACGGAGAGAGAUCAGCUCGAAACCCAGAUUCAGUCUCUGCAGUUCGAUCAGAACCAGCUGGCAGCAGUGACUCAAGAGAACGAGGGCCUGAGGAAACAGGUGGAGCAGAUGGAGGGAGAAGCCAAAAAAGCCAUUUCAGAGCAGAAGGUGCGCGUGAAGAGGCUGGGAACAGAUCUGACGAGUGCUCAGAAGGAGAUGAAAGCCAAACACAAGGCCUACGAGAACGCUGUGGGCAUUUUGAGCCGGAGGCUCCAAGAAGCUCUGACUGAGAAGGAAACGGCAGAAGCAGAGCUGGUCAAACUUAAGGCCCAGGUGUCAGAUGGCGGAAACAGCCAGGCCUUACAGCAGAGGAUUGAGACUUUACAGGCCGAGCUGCAAACAGUAACCAGCAGCAAGACUAUGUUGGAGAAGGAGCUGCAGGAAGUGAUCACCCUCACCUCUACAGAGCUGGAGGAGUAUCAGGAGAAAGUGAUGGAGCUUGAGGAUGAGCUUCAAGAGUCACGCUGCUUCAAGAAGCGGAUCAGGAAACUUGAAGAUGCCAACAAGAAAUUAGCACUUGAGCUGGAACAUGAAAAAGGAAAACUAGAGGGAUUAUCACAGUCCCACAAUUCAUUGCGGGACCAUGCUAACAUUUUGGAGUCUGCCUUAGCAAAGAGGGAGGCAGAUCUUGUCCAGCUCAACUUGCAGGUUCAAGCUGUUCUUAAGCGCAAAGAGGAGGAGGACCAGCAAAUGAAGCAGAUGGUGCAAACUCUGCAGCUUGCUUUGGAGAAGGAGAAAACCAAAGUCAAGGAUCUGAAAGAACAGGUGGCAGCAGCGAAGGCAGAAGCAGCCCAUAAUAGAAGACACUACAGGGCAGCCAUGCUGGAGCUGUCAGAGAUCAAGAAAGACUUGCAGGCCAAAGAGGACCUUGUUAAAGCUCUGCAGAUUGAAGCUCAGAAACUCCAGGCUCAGGACGACAAGCACAAUCAGGAUGUUUCCAUGUUCCAAGAGGAGCUGGCAGAGGCUCACACCAAGCUUCAGAUCCUCCAGAAACAACUUGAUGAGGAGCUAGCUAAGCAGCCCCUCACCAAUCAAGAGGUUGAAGACCUGAAGUGGGAGGUGGAGCAGAGGCAGAGGGAGAUCGAGGCCCAGAAGCAGCAGGUGGAGAUGAUGGAACAAUGCCACAACAGGGAGCUGGACAACUUACAGACAGCUCUGCAGGCAAGUAACAUCAAGGUGGAGCUGGAGUCUGUGCAGGAGGAGCUGAGUGGCACCAGGAAGGACAAGUUUAUGCUGCAGGCCAAAGUGGGCGAGCUGAGGAACAGCAUGAAGACGGUCCUGCUGCAGAACCAGCAACUCAAACAAGACCUCAAGCAGAAUCGUCUGAGGAGGCAGCAGCGAAUGGAGUUAAAGAGUGAAGGGAACCCAUCAAACCCAGUGACCCCGGUUAAGAUCCCCGACUGCCCAGUGCCUGCCUCGCUGUUGGAUGAGUUACUGAAACCGUCAACUUCUGUCAACAAGGAGCCCCUAAACAACUUGCAUAACUGCCUACGACAGCUGAAGGAAGAAAUGGACAGCCUCCAGAAGCAGAUGGAGGAACACACUGUAACAGUACAUGAGUCGAUGAGCUCAUGGCCAAAUGCAGAGGAAGGACUGGCUCAACUGGGGCUUCAGGACAACAUCUCCAAGUCGCCAACAGCGGUAAACAUUACGGAGAUGGAAAAUAACAAUGAAGCCGAACAGCAGCAAUCAUAA